AUGAGCAACAGCAGCGAACGAUUAACGCAAAUGGAGGUCUCGAUCAAGAGUCUCACAGACAAGCUCCAGAACGUCUGCACGGCACUCAAGCAAUGUACCACCAACGACAAACCUUACGCGUACAAGACCGAGCUGAAAUAUAUCGGCGAAGCGGCGCACAAUUCCAGCAUACGGAUCGAGCGGAUGGAGAUGUUGUUGUUCCGGGCGUCCUUCGCCGAUUUCAGAGCCAUCGAUCAGAAAGUCGAGGCCGUCCGCGGCUUCAAGGUGACCGACCAGAACAUGUUGAACGACUUGGAAACGUCGCCGGAGAAGAUACUGAGAGAGGGAGUUCAAGCUUUUCCGCGCAUGAUUCGGGUACCGGACGCUUGCAGCCCAAGCGUUUGUUCGACACUUGCGAAGAGGAGGGUGGUUUCAGCGAUGAUCUCGGGGUGCCCGGCACAGGCAGCAUGGAGAAUAACGAUCCCGGCGCGACAGACAAGUCAUCAGCGGAACUUCUGCCUGUUCGAGAGUUCCCGAACAUCCCGCGAACGGCUUCGACGGCGACGCCAAGGAGGAGAACAAGGAGGACGAGCAGGAGAAGAAAGAGGACAAUAA